AUGUCGUCCUCACCCGUCGCAUCGACGUCGAGCAUACCCUUCGACCCGAGCAGGCUCGACGAGAUCAACGCCUCGCUCGCCGACGCCUCGCCGCAGGACAUCCUGACCUACGCGAUCGACCACAUCCCCGGCCUCUUCCAGACGACCGCGUUCGGCUUGACCGGCCUCGCAGCGACAGACAUGAUCAGCCGCAUCUCUCGCAAACGCAAGCAACCUCACGCCGUUCCGCUCAUCUUCCUCGACACGCUCUACCACUUCCCCGAGACGCUCGACCUCGCCCGCCGCGUCGAGUCCAAGUACCACCUCGAACUGCAGACGUUCCGUCCGCCCGGGGUCGAGACAGCGGACGAGUUUGAGGAGAAGUACGGCGAAAAGUUGUGGAAGACGGACGAGGACACGUACGAUUACCUCGUCAAGGUCGAGCCUGCGCGGCGGGCGUACGACACCCUCGGCGUCAAGGCGGUCAUCACCGGUCGACGGCGUUCUCAGGGCGCAGACCGCGCGACGUUGGAGCCGAUCGAAGUCGACUCGACUGGGUUGGUCAAGGUGAACCCGUUGUGCCGGUGGGGGUUCCAGGAAGUCAAGGACUAUAUCGACAUGGCGGGCGUGCCGUACAACCCGCUCCUCGACCAGGGGUACAAGAGCGUCGGCGACUGGCACUCGACUGUCAAGCCCAAGGACGGAGAGGGCGAGCGGUCGGGCCGUUGGGCGUCCAACAAGACCAAGACCGAGUGCGGCUUGCACAAGGACUACUUCGCGAUGAAGCGCGCCUUCGAGAAGAAGCAACUCGAGCAAGCCCGCGCAGCAGCCGACAAAGCCCGCGGCGACGAACAAGUCGGCGAGUCGUCGGUCGACUUGUCGCAGGAAACGGACGCGACGUCGCAGGACUUGGGCGCGUCGUUCAGUGACCUCAAGCUCGGGGCUUGA